AGUUGUGUCAUAGCAUUUUGUUGCUAGGCUGCUAGCUAACGUUAGUGGUUUCUCCAAAUAGUCGUUUUACUUCUCGAAAUCACAAAGCCAUGCAAACUCAGUAAUACUUUAAGAACGACAGAUGUAUGCAACGAUACAUCAGCAAUUUUAAACAAUCAAACAGUGCUUGGCUUUAUGCUUGGAUUAAACAAACGGCGUCGGAGGGCAACUGUAUCAGGCGCAAAGACGUCGCUUGCUAAUAACUAGCAUUCUCGCUAUCACUUGGCAUGUCAACAGUUUGUUGCAAGUAUUUGGAUUAUCUGGCCUUCCGUGAACGUUAACGGUGUCGUUAUAUUUCAGUGUAACGUUAGAAAAUGUAACAUUGCUUCAUGAACUUGAGGAUCCUGUAACGGGUCGAACAAGCUGUCAAAAUGGAACUGCAGAGAUCAACGACAUGAGACACUUCUGUCCUUUUUCUGUAAAGACACCCCAUUUACCCCUUUUACCUAGUCGAGGAGACCUUCAAAAACGCAUCAAAAAAGGAAAAUGUCGGCAACUUACCAAAAAGAAUAAUGAACCAGAGGGACACAAAAUGCUGAAUGUAUUCCCAUUCUCAUGACCCCAAGAGGGAGAUAUGGGCAUCCUAAGACUGGUAGCCAGAAUCAUGGGUAGGAUCAGUACUUUCAGGUCCUAUCAGUUUGUGCUUCUCCUGGCUGCUGCACUUGCUGUUGUAGCUUUUUACUACUUUGGCUCAGAGAGGCAGAACUUCUCCAGCACCACAAAGAGGAUCAAGCACACCCAGGCCAGCCACAACGCCAACAGAAACGACACUGACCUAACUGUGGACACCAGGCUCUCACACCCAGUUGGAUCUGAGGAGCAAGGAGAGGAAGAGCGAGAUGAAGGAGGAGAGAGCAAGGGAUUAAGGCCCAGGAAAGGGGACAGCGAUAGUGCUGGUGACCAACGCUACCACGCACUCAUGAUGUUCACCAAGGUGGACAAGAGCCGGAGCCUUCAGGACAAGUUCAGGGUGGCCAUGUUAUCUAUGGUUCAGCACGGACACUUCAUGGAAGGAGAGGUGUUGGUCCUUCAUUUUGUGAGCGACCAGGCCAGCAAAGAACUGGGAGAGAGGAUGCUGCAGGAGUUUCUACUUGAUGCAACGUUUAAGUAUGAGGUGUUGUUCCAUGACGUGGUGGCUCUCACACAGAAGCUAUUCCCUAUUGUGGAGGCCAUGCAGAAGCACUUCAGCGCUGGCUCUGGGGCUUACUACAGCGAUGCCAUCUUCUUCCUCUCUGUUGCCAUGCAUCACAUCAUGCCUGAAAGUCUGACGCGCAUAGUGCAGCUUGACCUGGAUCUGAAAUACAGGACCAACAUCAGGGACCUUUUCCAAGAAUUUGACCAGUUUCCUCCAGAAGCAGUAAUAGGCAUCGCAAGAGAGAUGCAGCCAGUCUACAGACACACUUUUUGGCAGUAUCGUAAAGAGAACCCUCAGACCAGAGUAGGUGAUCCUCCUCCUGAUGGCCGGCCAGGCUUCAACAGCGGUGUGAUGUUAUUGGACCUAGGUGCUAUGAGGGACUCAGCUCUCUACAACCAACUGUUGGAGCCUAGCAAUGUGGCCAAACUAGCAGACCAGUAUCGCUUCAGGGGCCACCUGGGGGACCAGGACUUCUUCACCAUGAUCGGCAUGGAGCAUCCUGAACUGUUUUAUUCGCUGGCCUGUGGGUGGAACCGUCAGCUGUGCACCUGGUGGAGGGACCACGGAUACGGAGACGUGUUUCAAAUGUAUUAUCGCUGUGUUGGACGUGUCUAUAUCUACCAUGGGAACUGUAACUCCCCUAUACCAGAUGACUGAUGUAAGCACUGGACUGAUGCUGGAUCUGAAAAGGAGUCUAUGACAUCUACAAUAUAGUUUAAGGGAAAUAUUUGUCCUGCUUUUUGGAAGGGAGGAUUGUGACUAUUAUGUCAGUGCCGUUGUUGACCAGUGUACUGCCGGUGUAGUCACAUAGUUUGCCCCCUGCUGGUCAAGGGGCUACCGAAGGGCCUGCCCAUAUAAAGUUGCUACAAAUAUGGCAUUUAUCUGUCAUUUUGGUGUGUUGAAAACAACCCUGUGUUGCAAUGCAAAAGGAGUUGCAAUAGUUGGGCCAUGUUUCUUCAGGUACAAAGAUAACGAAAUUAUUAAAUAUAAUCUAUGGACUUCAGCUUAGUAACAGAUCUAAUAAUUUGAAGGCUUAAGAGUAGAAAUACGCAGUUCACGUUAAACAGUAAUCUACCUGGAAUGUGUUCUUGCCUAUAUUUGAUUGGCCAAUGCAGCGCCUUGCUGAAUAAUGUUUCAUUGUGUUGUUUUUGUUUUUGCAUGGGCUCUCUGCAUUGCACCCUGCUGUCUCAAUGCUGGAAUCAUUAAAAUAAAUAGGGGCUAAUGUCAGUAUGAAUGAGGCCUAAUGUAUCAUGCAUUGUCGAUGGUCUCUCUCUUUUUAUUUGCUCAUAUAUUAAUUGAUUUCAAUAAAUGUUGGUACUUGUUUUGAGGAUAAUCUAAAAAAACUAUCCAUUACACAUUGUGGUUUAAGCAUCUGUAUUUUAGAGUUGAUAAUUCACAAGGAAUUCAUAUUGCUAACAAAUGGUUAAAUAUUAUCUGCAAUGAAUACAGGGUCAGCAAAUGUGUAGUUUUGGAUAGCCAGACCUAUGUCUACAGUGCUAUGUUAGCGCUGGAGAAUGGCCUGGCUACAUCACUUAUCAUUCUGGGAUAGGGAGAAAAAAUGCUUGUGGAGAUAUUGGAGGUUGAAAUGAAUACCUGACAUUCAGCACACCAGGCUUUAUCCCAGCACUGUACAUCUGGUAAGCCAGACUAGCAUGUGUCUUAAUUGGCAUCUAUAAACAGAAAAGGGUCUCGUACCUUUUUCCGCUUCCCUCCAUCUGCUCACUCUGAUUCCCAGCACCUCAAGUUUUCCAUCAGUGGCCCAAGUUUAUCCUGCGUCGCCUUAUCUUCCUACAGCACCACACCAGGUGAAGGCUAAUCUGGUACGUUUACUUCCCGCCUCUGUGGCUUGUAGAAGAACAGGAGGGGGGUAAUUCUCCAUCUUUCCGGGGCGACAUGAGCGCAGGGCAUAACACACUGCCACACUUUUAAACAUGUCUUUCUGCAGGUAGAAAAACAAGGGGGAAACAUUACAUAAGAGAGUGGUAGGAGGGGUCAGGGACAUAAUAAUUAACAAUGAUGGCUGUUGCAUUUGCAGUCUAGCUCAGGCCAAACACAAGUUAAAUGAAGAGGCCGUGCAGACACUGACCCACUUUUGAGUUCUUGCUGUGCUCACUGAACUGCCCUUCGGAUUCAAAGAAAUGUCAACACUCAAUAUUCAUCAGUCAAGAAAUUGUCUGAGGUGAUUCACACUUUAACACACACGUACACACAGUGAGAGUAAAGCAGCUGAAUGUCCUGCACUACCAGUGGAGUCAAAUAAACAUCCCAAAUCAAUACGAUUUCCUUGAAUUCACCUUGAAGCUCGUCAAUAUUUUGGCUCUUUCAGAACAGACUUUAGUAUCCAUACCGUUGAAUCAGAGUAAACGCUGUUCCCUCAUUGCACUUUACAACUUCAAAACACAUUUUUUAUUUGUAGUUUUUUGGUUGAUUUUCUACUCUUUAGGGAGCAAUUGGUUUCCAUUGCUUCCAGUGCAUUAUAAUGAUGGCAGAGACUAAACAUUUUUUGAGAUUAGUAAUGCAUCACAGUGAGCCCUUUAUUUUGUAUUUUUCGUCACUACACAAUUAUGUUGUAAUGCAGUGGGACAUUUGCAAAUUCUUCAUAUUGGUGCAUUCAAGGACCCAGACAGGAUGAUUAUCUGUAAAGGACCAAUGAAUGUGAUCAUUCCUUCUAAUAAAAUUCCGGCUGCCAACUCUCAAAACUCCUGUUGUUAUGAGCGUCUUUUUUUAUGCAGGUAGAGUGAAUUAUCCCUGCUCACAACUGCAUUACCAUUUUGACAAAGCAAAUCAAGAAAAAUGCAAUAAAUAAUUCAAUGUGAUGGAUUACCUAUCUGAAAUACUGUACAUUUAAAGUGUCUCUAAGUUGACUUUCAUAGUGUAGUUCAAAGACUGAAACCACUUGAGAGAAAAAACUGAUCUAAAAACUUGCUCUUGUUGGCAUAUUACAAAACUGUAGAUUAUGGCCUAAAACAUGCUAAUCUAAUGGUAUCCUUUAAAAUACCCUUUUUGUGUUUUGUCAACUAAUUACUCUAUAUAGCCUAUCCAUCACAAGUUUUGGGAACACUUUAUUUUACGGGUCCAUAAUCUGCCACUACUUUCCUAAUGGUAGUUGCUGUAAAGUUUACUGGAAAUAUCUUUCUUACUUAAAAUAAGUACAAUCUACAUUUCCUUGAAAGAACUACUCUAUUUUAAUUGAAAUAAAUAUUCAUUCAUUUUAUCAUUGGAAACUUUAUUCUUCGUAACAAUAUAAUUCUUGCCUGUAGACACAUUUUCCAUUUUGCAUAGUCAGCUGAGUUUCUGUGCUCUAACUAAUAGACCCAGCAAUUUAUAGGUAUUAUUUAUUCAAAGAGUACCAAUUAAACACUUUUACUUUUACAAGUGUUAUGUUUUAUGUGUUACUUUUACCCACAAACACUCCUUUGUAUAACAUGGGAUGUUGAAAAUAGUUGGAGAUCGAUUAAAAAAUCCAAGAAACGAUCUUUGUAUCAUAUGAAACUAGAAGAUCUAAGGAAUCCAUUGCUACCAACUACAUUAUGCUAGCUUGUUGGGAAGGAAGGGGGUUAAAAAACCCUCCAAAGUUGGGCUACAUUUUGGUGAGGGAAAAACUGGCAUGGCCCUUUUCAAAGGGGUCCCUCUGUCACCUCAAGAUAUCUGAAUAAAAUGUCACUCAAUACUCACUGACUGUAGAGUCUGAGGAGCUGCACUUUAUUGUGUGUUCAUGUUAAAUAAAAAGUACAUUAAUGUAA